GCUAACGGGGUACUGACACCAUGUAGCUGUCUUUAUGCUCUCAGUAACGAUGUUAAUGAAGCAGGGUUCUUAGUUGAUAUAGAGACCGUGGAAAAGAUGAUGCCUGCCUGAGGGGACAUCAUGGACAAUGGCAAAGCGAGCCGUGUGUGUCGGCCCCAGCGGAUCAGUGAAUCAUCAAAGGUGUUCCACUGUUUGGAUCAGGCUGUGGAGGUGCUGCAGGGCCUCAAUGAGCAGCGGAGGAGCAGUCAGUUCUGUGAUGUGGCGCUGGUGGCUGACGAGCAACAGGUCCCAGCUCACAGAGCUCUGCUGGCUGUCUCCAGCCCGUACUUUCAUGCCAUGUUCACUCUGGGUAUGAGGGAGGAACACCAGCAGGAGGUGGAACUGGUUGGAGUAUCUUACGUCGGUUUGAAAGCUGUAGUGGACUUCCUGUACAGCGGAGAGCUGCCAUUGGAUGGAGGAAACAUUGAUUACGUGCUGGAAGCUGCCCACCUCCUGCAGGUGUGGCAAGUGGUGGAUUUCUGCUGCCAGUAUCUGGAGCGGGAGGUGAGUGAGGACAACUAUCUGUACCUGCAGGAGCUGGCUCUGCUCUACAGUCUGGAGCGACUCGAUGCCUUCAUCGACCACUUCAUCCUCACACGCUUUGCCACGCUCUCCUUCACCCCUGAUUUUCUGCGUGACAUGCCUUUCCACAAACUGAGCUCCUACCUCUCCAGUGGCCAGGUUCAGCACAACAGCGAGCAAACUCUCCUCCAGGCCUCCCUGCAGUGGCUCAGUCAAACUCCUGAGCGGACCCAUCAUGCCAGACAGCUCCUCUCCCACAUCCGCUUCCCUCUGAUGCCGAUGGAGGACUUGGUAGGCCGGGUGCUGCCAGCUGUGCAGACCCUGCUGCCGGAGGAGGCUGGCUGCGAGGCCCUGGUGGAGGAAGCUGUUGGUUAUCAUGCCAGGCCGAGUGCCCAGCCACUCCUGCAGACAGGUCGGACCACGGUGCGGGGAGGAGUGGAGCGGCUGCUGCAGAUUGGAGGAGAGGUGUCAGAACGUGGAGAGGAGCUGAGCGCUAAUGUUUGCCGGCUGGACAGCGAAACAGGAAGCUGGAAGGUGGAGACGGAGUUGCCGGCCCAGCGGAGCCACCACUGCCUGGCAGUGCUCGGGGGUUUCAUCUUCACUGCGGGGGGCAGCUCGUCCAGGGACAACGGUGGAGAUGCUGCCUGCAACCUGCUGUACAGAUACGACCCCCGCCACAACCAGUGGACCAGGGGUGCAUCAAUGAACCAGCGGCGAGUGGAUUUUUACUUGGGGACAGUUGGAGAGUGUCUGAUUGCUGUUGGAGGGAGGAACGACAGCGGAGCUUUGUCCUCUGUGGAGGUUUACUGUCCCGCUGAGGACUGCUGGUCCUAUGUGGCAGAACUGCCCAGGUUAACUUACGGACAUGCAGGGACGGUCCACCACGGUGUUGUCUACAUCUCAGGCGGUCAUGACUAUCAGAUUGGCCCGUACCGCCGAGAUUUCCUGAGUUACGACCCAUCCCAGGACGGUGAUCAGUGGGCGGAGCGCCAGGCCAUGUCGAUGGCCCGGGGUUGGCACUGCAUGGCCUCCCUCAACCACCUCAUUUAUGCCAUCGGGGGCAGCGAUGACCAUGAAGACACCACAGAGCGCUUUGACAUUCUAAAGGUGGAGUCAUACGACCCACGCUGCGGCCAGUGGACUCAUGUGGCACCUCUUCUUCUGCCCAACAGUGAGGCAGGACUCGCGGUCUGGGCGGGGAGGAUUUAUGUGCUGGGGGGAUACAGCUGGGAGAGUAUGGCUUUCUCCAGAGCCACUCAGGUGUACGACCCGGACAAGGGCUCAUGGUCCAGAGGACCCGACCUGCCUAAACGCAUCGCUGGGGCCUCAGCAUGUGUGUGUGUUGUGAAGGCCUCACCAUCAUCAGCAUCUCCAGAGCAGAGAAAGGUUGGACAAGGCACAAAAGGAAGAUCACAACCCACGUAGUGGAAAUUAACUUUCUUUUUGGACUAAAAUAUAAAGACAGACUUUGUGCUAAGAAAGAGCCUGCUACACAAUUCUGAUGCAAAGUUAUAAGGAUGAAUAUUCAACAAGAACAACAGCCUAAUGUACUUAAUCUACAUUUGACAUUUAACAUCACUGUUUGAUUGUGUUUUACAUCAGUGAAAUAAAGGUGUGAUUCAAUUCUU